CAGAUUGUGUGCAGUGUUGUAGCUUAUGAGCGACAUGGAGGACACUAGAGAGGACGACCGGAUCUUGCGAUCGGCUAGACGCCCGAUUGCCCAUUUGGCUUUAGGACCAAAGGGCGACAGAUACCUGUUCCGUCAGCGCAGGGAGAGGGUGCAGCAGCAGAGGAGAGCUAGAGCAGCAGAGGCUAGCAGGGCGUUCGUGAGCGAAGUCGCAACCUCGACAACCAUGGCCACUUCUGCGCAGCAGAGUUCCCAGACUAGCAGUUCAGGAGUUGUAGGGUCAACGGUCGCACAGACCCAGAGUCAGUCCACUGGCAUUAUGGCAAACCAGCCAUUAGUGAUGACUCCCGAGGAGGUCGCCAUACAGCGAGCUGCUGAUCGCGAGGCACAGCUACAACAGGCGUUGGGAGAGAUUAAGGCUGAGAAAGAGAGAAUGCUUAGGAGAAGAGCCAGGAUGCAGGGGAGGCAAGCGGACGUUAGUGAGUUAGAGAAGAUGGACCCAACAGAGAUGGAGGAUGAUGUGAGGACCAUACGAUACGGUCUGUACGAGUUUGUGGUGAUGCCUUUCGGCCUUCGCAAUGCUCCUGGCACCUUUCAGCACGCUAUGAAUUGGAUAUUUCAUGACUACUUGGAUAAGUUUGUCAUCGUGUACCUCGAUGACAUACUUAUUUUUAGUAAGACUGUCGAGGAGCACGUUGCGCACUUGGACAAAGUCCUAAGUCUUCUGCGACAACACAAGUUCAAGAUCAACGGUGAGAAGUGCGAGUUUGGCCGCACCCGUGUCUUGUACUUGGGUCAUGAGAUUUCUGCGGAGGGAUUAAGGCCCGAUGACGCGAAGGUGGCCAGCAUUCGUGACUGGCCGCGUCCUCAGUCUGUGACUGAGAUGAGGUCUUUCUUAGGGAUGACUGGCUACUAUCGCAAUUUCGUGAAGAACUAUAGCAUAGUUGCCGCCCCUUUGACUGACCUGACUCGCCUUGACACCCCAUGGGAGUGGACAGACAGAUACGAGGCUGCUUUCAGACAUCUGAAGCAUGCAUUGACGCAUCAUGAGGUCUUGAAACUUCCUAAUCCUAACAAGCCAUUUGUAGUAACUACGGAUGCUAACCAAUAUGGCAUAGGCACCGUACUUACGCAGCAGGAGGGGAAGAAGAUGAGGCCAGUAGACUACAUGUCCAAAACGAUGCCCUCUCAGAAGUUGGCUAAGUCCACCUAUGAGAAGGAACUCUAUGCGAUCUACAAGGCGCUCACCCAUUGGCGACACUAUCUCCUUGGGAGGUUCUUCUACGUCAGGACUGAUCACCAGACCCUGAAGUGGAUGAGAACCCAGCAUGUGCUCUCUGACACUUUGAAGCGUUGGAUUGAAGUCAUAUAGCAGUAUGACUUUGAGCCCCAGUACAUCAAGGGCGAGUACAACAAGGUUGCUGACGCGCUGUCGCAUAGACCAG